ACUGCUGCCGAGAGAGGGACAGUCUAUCGGCACUAGUGUGUCUGAGGGGAAAAGCACGUCACACCCAGUUUGGGCAACAACAGGACAGCAGACCACUGUUUUCUUCUUAUGUAGACAGGUCUUCUGGUGUAGCUGUGCUGUUCAGUGUGGAGGCUCUCUAUGCAGCUCAAGGUCAGGAAGUCCCAGCAGCAGCCUUGGAACUGUCCCAUCUGGAUCUUGUGACCCGCAGAGGCAAGUGGGCCUAAUUUUCCCUGUUGUAGCACCCAACCUCUAUAUGCAGACACUAUGGAGGACUAUAGGACUCUGAAGACGAUGUGAGGCCUGGACUAUUGUCAAUACCUCCCACGACAGCGUCAGUAUUCCUUGCCUGAUCCUGUAUCGGAGUCGAGGGGAAUGGGCCCAGCCUCACUGCAGGAGGGGAGAGAGCUGGAGAAAGAGUCCAAGGAGGAGAUGGAGAGCUACCACUGCCUUCUGCAGGCUGGCUCCCAGCUUGAGAGCAUUCUGCAGCAGGUGACUGUCCCUGUGAGCAUGAAGGAGGUGGGAGGAUACAUAGAGAAACAGGUGGCAUUUCUGUCGGGGGGCCGUGGGGAAGACUCCAGUGUCAUCAUCACCCUCCCUGAAUGCUCAGCUUUCAGCGACAUCCCAGAGGAAGCCUUGGCCAAAGUCUUUACGUACCUCACUCUCAUCCCUCGAACGAGGCAACCCGGAGUCAAAUUCAUCAUCAUUUUAGACCGUCGACUGGAUACAUGGGCCUCUAUCAAAACUGCACUUGCCAGGAUAGCAGCUUCCUUUCCUGGGAACCUCCACCUGGUCUUGGUGCUCCGACCCACCAGCUUCUUCCACCGCACUGUUACGGACAUUGGCUUUCGCUUCAGCCAAGAGGACUUCAUGCUCAAGAUGCCAGUGGUGAUGCUGAGCUCUGUCACAGACCUGCUGCGCUAUAUUAGUGAGAACCAGCUGACGUCAGAGUUUGGAGGCACUUUGGACUAUUGUCAUAGUGACUGGAUUGUUUUACGAACGGCUAUUGAAAGUUUUGCUGUAACAGUCAAAGACAUUGCACAGAUGCUACAGGGCUUUGGUACCGAGCUGGCAGAGACAGAGCUGCCCGUAAAGGGGAAGGCCAUUGAGUAUCUUCUUGAAUCUCAAACUGACAAGUACAGGAAACUCAAGGAUGCAAUCAGGUCAGUGUCAAAGGAGGGUCGUCAUCUUCUCUCCAGCCUGGAGACCUCUGGGAAGGAAGAUGAAUCCCAGUGGGAUGUGAAGCUGGACUGGGAGACAGUACAGAGGCUUCUCGCCCAGCUCAGAGACAUGGAGUUGGCCUUUGAUGGCUUCUUUGAGAAGCAUCAUCUGAAACUCCAUCAGUACCUGCAGUUGGUCAGAUAUGAACAAAGCUUUCAGGAGCUGGAGCUGUGUCUAGAUCAUCUGAUGGCUCAGGAGAGGGAGCUGUCUAUAUCUGUAGACACGCUGGCUGAAACAGAACAGGCACUCAAAAGGCUGGACGGUCUGGAAUCUAACGCACAGGAGGUGGUGGCUCGUGCUCAGAUCAUCAUCCUUCAUGGACACCAGCUAUCAGCCAGUCACCACUACGCCAUGGCUCUCAUUAUGCAGCGCUGCAACGAGCUGCGCCACUACUGUGAUACACUCAAUGCUGCUCUCAAGACCAAACACUCUCGUCUUCUGCACAAACACCAGCUGCUGCUUUGUCUUGGACAGGCCCAAACUUGGUGUGAUGAUGGAGCGUAUCUGCUGGCCAAUCAGCUGGUAGAAAAGUUCCAGUCUAAGGAGGGGGCCCUGGUUGCCUUAAGGGAUAUUGGGAAGUUUCUGGAGGGGGCGCCAUCCUUGCUGAGCUCAGGACCUGACAUCUUGGCCAUUGAAUAUGAGGCUGUCAUCACACCUCAUCUGCAGGCCCAGAUUGGGAAAACAUUUGAGAAGCAUGCGGCAGUGCAGCAGAUGAUCCAGAACCGACAGGCUUGUCUGAGGAAGCUGGCCGAUAAACAUGUCCGACCGGUCCAACUGGUGGCCCCCAGGUCUGAAAACCCACCCCGCUCCAAGUCCCCGCUCUUCUCCCCCAAGCAUGUCGAUGGUUUAAAGUUCACAUUCGACCUCUCUCUGCCUGGGAAGAGAGGAUCCCGAAAGAGCCCCAACCCUAGAAAAAUAGAGGUGAUUCAUGACUACCAGGAGAGCCGGAGCUGUGUGUCAUACAGUCUGGAUGGAGAGGAAAGCCCAGAUCUCUUGAAGCGCCAUGUGAUGAGGGAACUCAUAGAGACCGAAAGAAUCUAUGUGGAGGAGCUGCUGUCGGUGCUGCUGGGUUACAGGGCUGAGAUGGACAAGCCCGCUCUGUCGGGGCUUCUGCCACCAAUCCUGCGCAGCAAGAGAGACAUCCUCUUUGGAAACAUGCCUGAGAUCUACAAUUUUCACAGCAGGGUCUUCCUUCAGGACCUUGAAGGAUGCCUGGAGGCUCCUGAGGGUGUGGGAGCUUGUUUUCUGGAGCGGAAAGAGAGUUUCCAAAUGUAUGAAUGCUACUGUCAGAAUAAGCCACGCUCUGAGGCGCUGUGGAGACAAUUCUCAGACUGUGCCUUCUUUCAGGAAUGUCAAAAAAGGCUGGAGCACAAACUGGGCCUGGAUUCCUACCUGUUGAAACCGAUCCAACGCCUCACGAAAUACCAGCUGCUGCUUAAGGAGCUGCUAAAAUAUAGUACAGAUUGUGAGGGGACUUCUGAACUGCAGGGGGCACUCACGGCCAUGCUGGACCUGCUCAAAUCAGUCAAUGACUCCAUGCAUCAGAUAGCCAUCACAGGAUAUGAGGGUGACAUUUGCGAGCUGGGCCGUGUGUUGAUGCAGGGCUCGUUCAGUGUGUGGAUCAGCCAUAAGAAAGGUCCCACACGCAUGAAGGAGCUGACUCGCUUCAAGCCAAUGCAGAGACACCUCUUCUUGUACGAGAGAGCUCUGCUCCUCUGCAAGCGGAGGGAGGAGCAUGGAGACGGCUGCGACAAGACCCCCUCGUACAGCUUCAAGCACUGUCUAAAGAUGACUGCUGUGGGGAUCACAGAGAACGUCAAGGGAGAUGUGAAAAAGUUCGAGAUCUGGUACAGUGGCAGGGAGGAAGUGUACGUGGUUCAGGCUCCUACAGUGGAAGUGAAGAUGGCAUGGCUCAAUGAGCUGCGCAGAAUCUUAACUAACCAGCAGAAGCUGCUUAGAGAUGAAGCAUGUCAACAUGGCCAAAUGGUUGAACGCAUGCAGCUUUCUCCACCACUCUCUGAGAGCAAGCAGCAGAGGGCAUCAGUGAGCUCAGAGGACACAGAGUCGGGGAGGAGCAGUCCAGACCCCCAGCCUCACUCCCCUAAACACAAGCAGAACCGCAGGAGUUGGCCGGGAGCUCAUCACUCGGUAGACAUCUGCGAGGGUCUGGAGGAGUGGCCUGGAGGUCGGGACGCUUUCCACCCAUCUGACACAGAGGAGAGGGUUAUGGUGCAACUGUCUCCAGGCAGAUACAGGGCUUUGGCCGAUUGUCUUCAAAAUGGACCAGACAUCAUCACCAUCAAAUGUGGAGACGUCAUCCAACUGCAGUGUGAAGACAGCAAUGGACGCUGGCUGGUGAAAAAUUUGAGUCGGCGACAAGAGGGCUUCGUAGCAGCUGCCAGCCUGCAGCUGAUUAUAGGAGACAGCAGCCGAGGACACUCCUCCAGACUAGGGGAUCCAGGGAACCUGAAGGCGAGAAAGCUCAGCUCCCCGUAGAGAAGAAAGCACAGAACGUGAGUCUAAUAUUUACCCGUGGAUGAUGAACAGACAGAAGGAACAGA